UCACACGAUCAGUAAAGUAGUGGUCUACGUCACCAGAGCGGCGGGUUGCCAUGGUGGUUGGUGGCGUGCUUAGGGAAACUGCGUAGGAAACGUCAUCGAUUUUCGUGUCUGUGGCCGGCAGUUGGGUUCACGGAAUACAGGCGGUUAAGCAGCAGAGGCCAGUAAAGAUGUCUGAAGGGGCUUCUAAGAUCUCUGGACCCAUCCCGCCAGACCCAUCGCUGUUCCCGGAGUGUUACAGACGGCCCAUGUCUGCUCGAGGCAGGCUGGAGGGACAUUCUCUGAAGCUGGAUUUCCUCUCCGGGCCCCUGGCCCCGGACCCCACUCUGUACCCCACCUGCUACAGCGCCCGGCCGGGGCCCCCUCCCCGCGUGCGCCCCAAUGCCACGGAGAUCCUGGAAAGAGGUCAGCGGGGCACCGUGGGGAGACUGCUGCAGCUCCAGGGGGUCUCCCUGCGACUCGACCCCCCACCACCAAAGAAGGAGCCUCGGAACCACGAGAAGGAGAACGUGCGGCGCCUGCGUGAGAUCCAGCGCCGGUGCCGGGAGAAGGAGCAGGAGCGCGAGGGCGCCCGACCCAAACCCGUGAAGGCGCUGUGGAAGUCUCAGAAGUACGAGGGAGUGCAGUCCAAAGUCAUGGCCCAGCUGCAGCAGUUUCAGGCAGACACCCCCCCCUUUGAUGAGGAGAUGUCUCCCCCCAGGAAGCCGGAGUGUCAGAAUUACCUGAAGGCGCACUCCCUCUGCGGAUCAGGGGUGCAGCCCAAGCGCUCUCCGUCCCCGAGCCCCCCCAAAUCCAGGGGCGAUGGCAGCCCCACGGCAGAGAUCCAGGUGAAAGGAACAAACAUCGACUUCGUGAGCCACAACGCGCGGAACGCCAGGCAGGCCGCGCCACGGCGCUCUAAAUCCCUGCAGUCUCUGUCCGAGGUGCUGGAGCACAAGAGGAGGGAGCAGCAGGAAUACGACUCCAACCAGAAGGGACGCGUCCCACAGUACCUACAGGAGCGGAGGGCUGAGUGGCAGCAGCAGGAAGAGGAGCGCCGGAGGAACCAGCCCGACCCGGCCAUGCCUCCCGGACACACCAGGAUGCCUGAGAGCGAGCGGCAGGGGACUCUCAACUCCCUCAAAACAACCCAGCAGGACCUGGUCCGGCAGCUGCUCCGGCUGCCUGUGAGAGCGGACACCCUGAGUGUACAAACGCGCCGCGCCGAGCUGGACAGCAAGCUCUCCGAGGUGGAGGAAGCCAUCAAGAUAUUCUCUCGACCCAAAGUCUUCGUGAAGGUCGACUCCUGAACCUGACAGGGGACCGCGGGCAGCUGUGCUGCAGUGCAUCUGAGACUGAGUCUGUCCUCAGAACCAGAUCAAUUCUAUUAACUGCUGCAGCGUGCCUGAGACCGAGUCUGUCCUCAGAACCAGAUCAAUUCUAUUAACUGAGACCGAGUCUGUCCUCAGAACCAGAUCAAUUCUAUUAACUCCUGCAGCGCGUCUGAGACCGAGUCUGUCCUCAGAACCAGAUCAAUUCUAUUAACUCCUGCAGCGUGCCUGAGACCGAGUCUGUCCUCAGAACCAGAUCAAGUCUAUUAACUACUGCAGCGUCUGCAGAGCACUGGGCAACUCUGGGCAGCUCUGUAGAAAGGUGUAGCAUCACCUAGAAUUUUAGGAUUGUGACAUCAUUUAAAAACAAAAAAAAAACUAUCUGAACAUAAUUUAGAUCUUUUAUUUAACAUCAUGUAAUCAAAGAAACUACAAAAUGAUAUCGCAAAAGUCUACCGGAAGCCAUUAGCAUUUCAUGUUAGAUUUUGAAAAGUCACAUUUUUUAAUUUGUCAGGUUUUCGUUUAGUAUCUGGAAAACUACAAAGCGGUGUGUAGUUCAAUAUGUUAGCGUGACGUUAUUCAGCAGACUUCAUUUGAACUUUACAAAGUAAAAUGGUUUAAUUCUAUAGGGGGAUGCAAUACUUUUGGGCAGAGCUGUAGUAUCAAAGAUCAGUGUUUUUAAGAACGUUUUGGCAAACAAAAAAAAUUAAAAAUUUGGGGAGAAUCUUACUUCAUAAAUCUUUCUAAGAAACACUGAACUCAUCAAUAAUUGUAUAUAAUUGUGUUGAACCAGGAUGGUCGUCCUUUAUCAGCAGUACCCUAACAGCUGGGAUGAGUUAUUAGACCAGCACUGUAUUAAUCCCAGCACACUUUAACUGGUCAGCUAAUGAUUUCUAUUCAUAUGUAUUCAUUACCUUCUCUGCUCUGUGUUUGUUGGGCCUGUAUUCAGUUACUAGUUUUGUUGGCAAAGACUGUGGUUUUACAAAAAAAAUUGUUUAGACUUCAAUUUUUGGUAUUGCUGUAAAUAUGAGAUCAUAGAUGUAUUUAAUGUUAUUAAUAUCUAUCUAUCUAUCUAUCUAUCUAUCUGUCUAUCUAUCUAUCUAUCUAUCUAUCUAUAUACUGUCACAGUUAUGCAGUUUUUAUCUGGUUCAGUAUACACUGUAUAAUUAGACACGUAAAUAAUCAGCAUAGUAUUUUUUUUUACUGUGCUGUGAAUGUAUUAUUUAAAAUGUACAGUAAUAAUAAAAGAUUAGGUUUUGAUUAAA